AUGGGAUGCGACUGUGAGGCCAAGGGCCUCGAGAUCGCCAUUCGCCAGGCCGAGGACCGCAUGAUGCGCUCCAUCUACUCUGACAUACGCGCUUGGGUUCGCGCCCACGCCCAAGACUACGUGCUCGAAUACUUCCGCCUCCUGUCCGAGCGACGCAAGAACGCGCACACGUCGCACCUCGACCAGAUGACGGCCCAUACCUUCUACCACUACAACGCCCCGCCGCACCCGAACCAGAUCGCCGACGCCCAGGCCACGCUCAAGCGCGGCCUCGACGACGACUGGCAGGCCUCGGUCCAACGCUACCCCGAGAUCCUCGAGUAUUACUUUGGCCUCGUCGAGCUGACCAUCCCCGACGACAACGACUCUGCCGUCAAGGACCCGCCCCUGAGCGCCCUCAACGGCCAGCGAAAGGCGAUGAGGAGGCGGACCGUCGCCGAGGGCCUGCCCUCGAGCGACAGCAGAGGAAGCCGAGGCGGUGGUGAGGCCCCGUACGACACCACCCCAGCGCCGCCGCCGCCGCCGCCGCCGCCGUUUGAUGACCGAUCCCUGGGGCUCGAGAGGCGAAACUCAUCACGCCGAUCGAGGAUGCCCUCCCGCCCUUCGACCUCCUAUUACGCCUCAUUCCCCUGA